UUAACCCAAAACUGGACCUCUUGGAAGUUCUACACGGGGCUUUUGACAGUAUGGUAUUGUUGGUACCUCACACCAGCGAAGCAAACCUCUCCUCUACCCUCUAGGCUGUCUAAGCUUUAUCUUUCGCAACUCUCAAAACCGUAUUCAAGUUCAAUUAUUAUCAAAAUCUAUCUUUAUUUCUAUUUUUUUAUUUCCCAACAACUACUCGAUCUAAUCAUUCCGCGGAAAUCUUUGUUUUUCUCUCUUAAAUUUUCUCAUCUGCCAAACACGAAAGCCGAUUUCGUUUCAUUUUAUUAUAAUUAUUUUUUAAUUUGGUUUAGCGGUCAUUUCUAUUGUCUACCUUCCUGUAAUUCAGAUGAUUAUAAUAGGUUUUAGUUAGGGUUUGAUCGAUCAAAAAUUUCCGAGUUGGCGAAAUCGGAAAUAAACCGUCAGCACUGGGGGCGAAUCAGUCACGGUCUCACCGAAGGCCGGCGGCGGCGGCAGCACCAUCGGCUCAAGCCGGCGUGGGACUAUGGUUUUUUCUUCGCCCUAGCAAUGUGCCUCGCACGCAUACCCUCCAAUACCUCUCUCACAUAGAGUCGGUGAGCCGCCACGAAGCUGAUCGCCAACAAGCCACGCCAAUACGACCUCCUUCUUCUUCUUCUUCCAUGGACAGCUCUAAUCCCUCUGCUAAUCCUUCCACUGCACCUGUUGAAGAGCCCGAGUACUUGGCUCGGUACUUGGUGGUCAAGCACUCAUGGCGAGGCCGCUAUAAGCGAAUUCUCUGCAUAUCCAAUGUCUCCAUUAUCACCUUAGACCCCACAACCCUCGCCGUAACCAAUUCAUACGACGUGGCCAGCGAUUUCGAAGCAGCCACGCCGAUAAUCGGGAGGGACGAGAACUCCAAUGAGUUCAAUUUGAGUGUCCGUACUGAUGGCCGAGGCAAAUACAAGGCGAUCAAAUUCUCGUCGAGGUAUAGAGCCAGUAUAUUGACGGAGUUGCAUAGAAUUAGAUGGAAUAGGUUGGGCGCGGUGGCUGAGUUUCCGGUGCUUCAUCUACGGCGACGGAACUCGGAGUGGGUCUCAUUUAAAUUAAAAGUUACUUAUGUGGGGGUUGAGCUUAUUGACCUGAAGUCUGGAGACCUUCGGUGGUGCUUGGAUUUCAGAGAUAUGGAUUCCCCUGCCAUCAUUUUCCUUUCUGAUGCUUAUGGGAAGAAAAACAUCGAACAUGGAGGUUUUGUUCUUUGCCCUCUAUAUGGAAGGAAAACUAAAGCUUUUCAAGCUGCUGCCGGCACCACAAAUUCUGCCAUUAUUGCAAGUUUGACUAAAACGGCAAAGUCCACAGUCGGGGUGUCAAUAGCUGUGGACAGUACUCAAUCUAUCACGGCAUCAGAAUAUAUAAAAAGAAGGGCAAGAGAAGCAGUUGGAGCCGAAGAAACCCCAUUUGGGGGCUGGUUAGUGACAAGGUUGAGGUCUGCUGCUCAUGGAACUCUAAAUGUCUCAGGGCUGAGUUUGAGCGUAGGCCCAAAAGGUGGACUUGGGGAGCAUGGUGAUGCUGUAUCUCGUCAACUUAUUCUUACAAAAAUCUCACUUGUAGAAAGGCGUCCAGAAAACUAUGAAGCUGUUAUUGUUCGACCUUUAUCUGCAGUAAGCUCUCUUGUUCGAUUUGCUGAGGAGCCCCAGAUGUUUGCAAUUGAAUUCAAUGAUGGAUGCCCAAUCCAUGUUUAUUCAAGCACAUCUCGUGAUAGCUUACUCGCAGCGGUUCGGGAUUUGUUGCAAAUUGAAGGUCAGUGUGCUGUACCAGUGUUACCUCGAUUGACAAUGCCUGGUCAUCGUAUUGAUCCACCUUGUGGGAGAGUUCAUUUACAAUUUGGAAAACAAUACCUUGGUGCUGAUAUGGAGAGUUCAUCCAUGCAUUUAAAACACUUAGCUGCAGCUGCUAAAGAUGCAGUUGCUGAAGGUGGUUCUGUCCCUGGGUCAAGAGCUAAACUGUGGCGUCGAAUUAGGGAGUUUAAUGCAUGUAUACCAUAUACUGGUCUUCCUCCUAAUAUUGAAGUACCUGAGGUGACUUUGAUGGCCUUAAUAACGAUGCUACCAUCUACACCAAAUCUUCCUCCAGAGACCCCCCCAUUGCCACCCCCUUCUCCUAAAGCAGCUGCAACUGUGAUGGGUUUCAUUGCAUGUUUACGUAGAUUACUGGCUUCAAGAAGUGCAGCUUCACAUGUAAUGUCUUUUCCUGCUGCUGUGGGAAGAAUAAUGGGUUUACUCAGAAAUGGUUCAGAGGGUGUGGCAGCUGAAGCUGCUGGGCUUGUUGCAGCACUUAUCGGUGGUGGUCCUGGUGAUACAAGUUUGCUAACAGACUCCAAGGGAGAGCAGCAUGCUACCAUUAUGCACACAAAGUCAGUGUUGUUUGCUCAACAGGGUUAUGUAAUAAUUCUUGUCAACAGACUAAAGCCGAUGUCUAUAUCUCCUCUAUUAUCAAUGGCUGUUGUUGAAGUUCUUGAGGCGAUGAUAUGUGACCCACACGGUGAAACAACUCAAUACACAGUUUUUGUGGAAUUGUUACGCCAAGUAGCUGGUUUGAAGCGUCGCUUGUUUGCAUUGUUUGGACAUCCUGCUGAAAGUGUAAGGGAAACAGUAGCAGUCAUCAUGCGCACAAUUGCAGAAGAAGAUGCUAUUGCAGCAGAAUCUAUGCGUGAUGCUGCAUUACGCGAUGGUGCUUUGCUGAGGCAUUUAUUGCAUGCAUUUUAUCUUCCUGCUGGUGAGCGACGUGAAGUUAGUAGACAGCUUGUUGCUCUUUGGGCAGAUUCUUAUCAACCAGCUCUGGAUCUACUAUCUAGAGUUCUUCCUCCUGGGCUUGUUGCUUAUUUGCACACACGUUUUGAUGGUGUCCAAUCAGAAGAAGCUAACCAAGAGGGAUCCUUGACUAGUAGAAGACAGCGACGGUUGCUCCAGCAGAGAAAAGGUCGAGCAGGGAGAGGAAUAACAUCUCAAGAUCACUCCUUAACUUCUGUAAAUAAUUAUGAAAUUGGUGAUCCAGCCAAGCAGACAACUUCCACUGCUUUCAAAGGUUUGGAUAACUAUCAAAAACCGGUUCCAGAUCCAAGCUUCGGUCAGACAUCAACAAUCCAAUCUCCUGUUGCUCAAGCUGGUGAAAAUUUGACUGGAGAAAUGCCUUCUUCUGGGGUUUUUCAAAACGAACAUCCAGAUGGUUCUCCAACUUCUAAUCCAAAUGAAGGAUUGGAACCAAAUAUUUCAAAUUCAGCUGAUUCUGAUGCCAAUGUUAUUGGUUUCCAGAAUACAGGCCUCCCAGCUCCUGCUCAGGUUGUUGUGGAGAACACCCCAGUUGGGUCUGGCAGGCUACUUUGUAAUUGGCCUGAAUUUUGGCGAGCUUUCAGCCUUGACCAUAAUCGUGCAGAUUUAAUAUGGAAUGAGCGUACAAGGCAAGAAUUGAGGGAGGCCUUGAAGGCUGAGGUUCAUAAACUAGAUGUUGAGAAGGAGCGAACUGAGGAUAUUGUUCCUGGUGGUGCUUUGGUAGAGGCUAUGGCUGGUCAAGAGAGUGUAGCACAAAUAUCUUGGAACUAUUCUGAGUUCUGUGUUAGGUAUCCUAGCCUGUCCAAAGAAGUUUGUGUGGGUCAGUAUUAUCUACGGUUGCUGCUUGAGAGUGGCAGUGGUGGCAGGGCUCAGGAUUUUCCAUUGCGCGACCCAGUUGCUUUUUUCAGAGCACUCUAUCAUCGGUUUUUAUGUGAUGCAGACAUAGGGCUUACUGUAGAUGGUGCUGUUCCUGAUGAAAUGGGUGCAUCUGAUGAUUGGUGUGAUAUGGGAAGACUAGAUGGUUUUGGAGGAGGAGGAGGCUCCUCUGUUAGAGAGCUGUGUGCAAGGGCAAUGACAAUUGUAUAUGAACAACAUUACAAAGUGAUAGGGCCUUUCGAGGGUGCUGCUCAUAUUACUGUUCUCUUGGACAGGACAGAUGAUAGGGCUUUGAGGCACCGCCUUCUUCUUCUCCUGAAGGCUUUAAUGAGAGUUCUGUCAAAUGUGGAGGCUUGUGUUUUGGUUGGGGGCUGUGUGUUAGCCGUUGAUUUGCUGACAGUGGUACAUGAAGCUUCAGAAAGGACUGCUAUUCCUUUGCAAUCUAAUCUGAUUGCUGCUAGUGCUUUCAUGGAACCACUCAAGGAAUGGAUGUUUGUUGACAAGGAUGGAGCACAGGUUGGACCUGUGGAGAAGGAUGCCAUAAGAAGAUUCUGGUCAAAGAAGGCGAUUGAUUGGACAACAAGGUGCUGGGCUUCUGGGAUGCUGGACUGGAAGAGAUUGCGGGAUAUUCGUGAACUACGUUGGGCACUAGCUGUUCGAGUUCCGGUUCUCACUCCAACUCAGGUAGGAGAGGCAGCAUUGUCCAUACUACAUAGCAUGGUAUCUGCGCAUUCAGAUCUAGAUGAUGCAGGAGAGAUAGUCACCCCAACUCCUAGAGUGAAAUGGAUCUUGUCAAGUCCUCGUUGCCUUCCACACAUUGCUCAGGCUAUGCUAUCUGGGGAACCAAGUGUUGUAGAGGCUGCUGCUGCUCUGCUUAAGGCUGUUGUUACCAGAAAUCCCAAGGCCAUGGUUCGACUAUACAGCACUGGUGCAUUUUAUUUUGCCCUGGCAUAUCCUGGAUCUAAUCUCCUUUCAAUUGCCCAACUCUUCUCUGUGACCCACGUCCAUCAAGCAUUCCAUGGUGGUGAAGAGGCUGCAGUAUCCUCUUCAUUGCCUCUGGCAAAACGCAGUGUAUUAGGUGGCCUUCUUCCUGAAUCUUUAUUGUAUGUGCUGGAGCGUAGUGGUCCAGCUGCAUUUGCGGCUGCAAUGGUUUCUGAUUCGGAUACUCCAGAGAUUAUAUGGACACACAAAAUGCGAGCUGAAAAUUUGAUUUGUCAGGUCUUGCAGCAUCUUGGUGAUUUUCCCCAGAAAUUAUCACAACACUGCCAUUCUCUAUAUGACUAUGCUCCAAUGCCACCUGUGACAUAUCCUGAACUAAGAGAUGAAAUGUGGUGCCACCGGUAUUACCUACGGAACUUAUGUGAUGAGAUUCGGUUUCCAAAUUGGCCUAUUGUUGAGCAUGUUGAGUUUUUGCAAUCAUUACUAGUAAUGUGGCGUGAAGAGUUGACAAGAAGACCUAUGGAUCUUUCUGAAGAAGAAGCUUGCAAAAUAUUAGAAAUAUCCUUGGAAGAUGUAUCAAGUGAUGAUGCCAAUAAGAAGCCGUCUUCGGAUAUGGGUGAGGACAUAUUGAGCAUAACCAAGCAGAUUGAGAACAUUGAUGAAGAGAAGCUUAAACGUCAAUAUAGGAAACUUGCCAUGAGAUACCAUCCUGACAAAAAUCCUGAAGGAAGGGAGAAGUUUCUUGCUGUACAGAAAGCUUAUGAGCGCUUGCAGGCCACCAUGCAAGGUUUGCAAGGUCCUCAGCCAUGGAGACUGUUGCUUUUGUUGAAAGGACAAUGUAUCUUGUAUAGACGAUAUGGAAACAUACUGGAACCAUUUAAAUAUGCUGGUUAUCCCAUGUUGCUCAAUGCAGUUACAGUGGAUAAGGAUGACAACAAUUUUCUUUCCUCAGAUAGAGCACCUCUUCUUGUUGCAGCCUCAGAGCUUAUAUGGCUGACGUGCGCAUCUUCUUCAUUGAAUGGUGAAGAGCUUGUGAGGGAUGGUGGGGUUCAACUUAUUGCAACUCUUCUUUCCCGUUGUAUGUGUGUAGUUCAACCAACUACUCCUGCAAAUGAACCAUCUGCAAUAAUUGUUACAAAUGUGAUGCGAACCUUGGCAGUGUUGAGUCAGUUUGAGAGUGCCAGGGCUGAAAUGCUUGAAUAUUCUGGACUAGUUGAUGACAUUGUGCACUGCACUGAACUUGAGCUUGUACCUGCUGCUGUUGAUGCUGCCCUCCAGACUAUUGCCCAUGUUUCUGUGUCAUCUGAAUUGCAGAAUGCCUUAUUAAAGGCGGGGGUUUUAUGGUACCUUUUGCCACUGCUGCUUCAAUAUGAUUCAACAGCAGGUGAAUCUGAUACAACAGAGUCACAUGGUGUUGGUGCUAGUGUACAAAUUGCAAAAAAUAUGCAUGCUUUACGUGCAUCCCAGGCCCUAUCGAGGCUUAGCGGUUUGUGUAGUGAUGGGAGUUCAACACCUUUUAAUCAGGCUGCAGCUGAUGCCCUCAGAGCUUUGCUGACACCUAAGCUUGCAAGUAUGUUAAAAGAUCAAGUACCCAAAGACCUGCUGUCCAGACUAAACACAAACUUGGAGUCGCCUGAGAUUAUCUGGAACUCUUCAACUCGAGCAGAACUAAUGAAGUUUGUAGAUCAGCAACGUGCAAGUCAGGGUCCUGAUGGUUCAUAUGAUCUGAAUGAUUCACAAGUUUUUGUUUAUGAGGCACUAUCAAAAGAACUUUACGUUGGCAAUGUUUACUUGAGAGUUUAUAAUGACCAGCCAGAUUUUGAGAUCAGUGAACCUGAGACUUUCUGUGUAGCUCUAAUUGAGUUUAUAUCAUAUCUAGUACACACUCAAUUUGCUGGAGAUUCUGAUGUUCAGAACAAACCUAAUCUCAAUUUCUCUUCCCCUGAGUCAUCUGAGCAUCCUGAUGACAGAGCUAGCGCUUCAGUUAAUGAAGAACACACUGAUGAUUCUUUGGCAGCAUCUGAUGGCCAGUUGUCAGACAAGGAAGAAUCUAAACUUAUUAAGAACCUGAAAUUUGCAUUGACCUCUCUUCAGAACUUGCUGACUUGCAAUCCAAAUUUGGCGUCAAUAUUUUGUACAAAAGACAAGUUGUUACCUCUUUUUGAAUGCUUUUCCGUGCCUGCGGCAUCAGAAAGCAACAUUCCUCAACUUUGCCUGGGUGUGUUGUCACUCUUGACUACUCAUGCAGCCUGCUUGGAGGCCAUGGUUGCAGAUGGAUCUAGUCUUCUCCUUCUAUUACAAAUGCUUCACUCUUCCCCAAGUUGUCGUGAAGGUGCUCUUCAUGUACUUUAUGCAUUGGCAAGCACAGCAGAACUUGCUUGGGCAGCUGCCAAGCAUGGUGGAGUAGUCUACAUUCUUGAACUUCUAUUGCCUUUGCAGGAAGAAAUUCCAUUACAACAAAGAGCUGCAGCAGCCUCUUUGCUGGGGAAGCUUGUUGGGCAGCCAAUGCAUGGACCUAGAGUCGCUAUAACAUUAGCAAGGUUUCUUCCUGAUGGCUUGGUAUCUGUUAUUCGGGAUGGUCCUGGUGAGGCUGUUAUAGCUGCCCUUGAACAAACCACAGAAACACCAGAACUUGUAUGGACACCAGCAAUGGCAACUUCUUUAUCUGCACAAAUUGCAACAAUGGCAGCAGAUUUAUAUCGUGAACAGAUGAAAGGUCGUGUCGUAGACUGGGAUGUACCUGAGCAGGCAUCUGGGCAACAGGACAUGAGAGAUGAGCCACAGGUCGGUGGUAUCUAUGUUAGGCUAUUCUUAAAAGAUCCUAAAUUUCCUCUUAGAAACCCAAAGAGAUUCUUGGAAGGACUACUAGAUCAGUAUUUAUCAUCCAUUGCUGCCACACAUUAUGACAUUCAAUCUAUUGACCCUGAACUUCCUUUGCUUCUCUCUGCUGCUUUGGUUUCAUUACUGCGAGUGCACCCGGCACUUGCUGAUCAUGUUGGAUAUCUUGGAUAUGUGCCCAAACUUGUGGCUGCUGUAGCUUAUGAAGGAAGACGAGAAACAAUGGCAACAGGGGAAGUGAAUAAUGGAACUUACACGGACAGAACAUAUGAAUCUGAAGAUGGAUCAACACAGCCUGCACAAACCCCACAAGAACGUGUCCGCCUUAGUUGUUUACGUGUCCUACAUCAACUUGCAGCAAGUACAACAUGUGCUGAAGCUAUGGCAGCAACUAGCUUUGGAACACCUCAGGUCGUGCCUCUUCUAAUGAAAGCUAUAGGAUGGCAAGGUGGAAGCAUACUAGCUCUUGAGACUCUAAAGCGUGUUGUGGUCGCCGGAAAUCGAGCCAGGGAUGCACUUGUUGCACAAGGACUCAAGGUUGGUCUUGUGGAAGUACUUCUUGGCCUUCUUGAUUGGAGGGCUGGUGGAAGGAAUGGUCUUUGCUCUCAGAUGAAGUGGAACGAAUCUGAAGCAUCUAUUGGCAGGGUGCUGGCAAUUGAGGUUUUGCAUGCAUUUGCUACAGAAGGAGCCCAUUGUACAAAAGUGCGUGACAUAUUAGAUGCUUCUGAGGUAUGGAGCGCUUAUAAAGACCAGAAACAUGAUCUUUUCCUUCCUUCAAGUGCUCAAUCUGCUGCUGCUGGGGUUGCUGGGCUAAUUGAGAAUUCUUCAUCCAGACUCACUUAUGCCCUUACAGCUCCCCCACCACAGCCUUCUCCAUCAAGAUCCGCUGCUUUCACAGUGUCCGACUCCAAUGGAAGACCAGAUCGACUUUCAUGAUACAAUGGAAUCUUUGCUCUUAAGGCAGUUCCCGAUGCUGCUGCUUGUCUGUAUAGCACUGUACAGUUUUAUCAGUUUUUUCCCGACUCUCUUACUCUCCCAAGGGUAGAUGAGGGGGUUGCAUUUGCAAUUUUCAGAGAAAAAGAUUGACGAGAGAAAAAAUCAUUGGUUCUUUUGCAUGUAAAGAGUACUAGCGCUUUGUAAAUUGAGUUCGAUGUUGCCAAUUUGAUAUAUAUAGUUGAGGUGCUCGAGUGAUUUGUUCUCUACAAAA